AUGCACCACCACACCAACAACAUGCACCACCACACCAACAACAUGCACCACCACACCAACAACAUGCACAACCACACCAACAACAUGCACCACCACACCAACAACAUGCACCACCACACCAACAACAUGCACCACCACACCAACAACAUGCACAACCACACCAACAACAUCCACCACCACACCAACAACAUGCACCACCACACCAACAACAUCCACCACCACACCAACAACAUCCACCACCACACCAACAACAUCCACCACCACACCAACAACAUGCACCACCACACCAACAACAUCCACCACCACACCAACAACAUCCACCACCACACCAACAACAUGCACCACCACACCAACAACAUGCACCACCACACCAACAACAUGCACAACCACACCAACAACAUGCACAACCACACCAACAACAUGCACCACCACACCAACAACAUGCACCACCACACCAACAACAUGCACCACCACACCAACAACAUCCACAACCACACCAACAACAUGCACCACCACACCAACAACAUGCACCACCACACCAACAACAUGCACCACCACACCAACAACAUCCACCACCACACCAACAACAUCCACCACCACACCAACAACAUCCACCACCACACCAACAACAUCCACCACCACACCAACAACAUCCACCACCACACCAACAACAUCCACCACCACACCAACAACAUGCACCACCACACCAACAACAUCCACCACCACACCAACAACAACCACCCCCACCACACCAUUGGUUUUUUGUGUGUGUAUAUGUUUGUGGUUUUGUUUUUCAAUUAA